AUGUUACACACAUUAAACUCCAUAAAAAGAGAAAGAAAGAGAGAGAAGGGGUUGUUUCGGGUCCUAAAAUACUGGCAUUGCUUCGGACGACUUUGGGACAGAGAGAGAGAGAGAGAGAGAAAGGACUCUUUCUUCUUUCUCUCCUGAACCCCAUCAUCGUCCUUCCUUCUCUCUCUUCUUUCUCUCUCUUACGUUCUACAUUUCGAUUUUCAAGAAAGCUGCUGCCUUUUUCUGUUUCAGGGUCUUUUUUUGCAGUUAUAUCAAUCGCCAGUUCCUUAUUUCUUGACCCUUCCCUUUUCAGGCCUGGCCUAAUUCCUCUGGGUAUCCCAAUUCACAUAUAAAAGGAAUGCUUGCAUGAGGAUGCCCUUCAAUUCAUGUCUUUUUCCUUUUAGGAAAGUUAUCAUGUUGUGGUGCAACUGAUUUAGGCUUUCCUUGAGAGGAAAAAAGAAAUGGCGCGAGGCAGGAUAAGGGCAAAGAUCCGAAGGAGCAGUUUGUAUUCAUUUGCUUGCUACCGGUCGCAUGCCAAGGAAGAUGGUCCCCAUCAGUUAGGCCCUGGGUUCUCGCGAGUGGUACAUUGUAACCAGCCCCAUCUCCAUGAAAAGAAACCUCUUAAGUAUUGCAGCAAUCACAUAUCCACCACAAAGUAUAACAUCAUCACAUUUCUACCCAAGGCCUUAUUCGAGCAAUUCAGACGUGUCGCUAACUUGUAUUUUCUCAUGGCUGCGAUUGUGUCAUCCACAACAAACCUUUCGCCAUUCUCAGCUUUCAGUAUGGUAGCUCCGUUGGUCUUUGUGGUCGGGUUGAGUAUGGCGAAGGAAGCCUUAGAAGACUCGCGGCGGUUCAUACAAGAUACGAAGGUCAAUCAUAGGAAAGCUGGUGUCCACAAGGAAGAUGGUGUGUUUGGUCAUAAGCCGUGGAUGAAGAUUUCGGUUGGAGACAUCGUGAAAGUGGAGAAGGAUCAAUUUUUCCCGGCGGAUUUACUUCUUUUAUCGUCUAGUUAUGAAGAUGGAAUCUGUUAUGUGGAAACUAUGAACUUGGAUGGAGAGACAAACUUGAAGGUAAAACGAGCGUUGGAGGUUACUCUACCUUUGGAGGAUGAUGAGGCUUUCAAGCAAUUCAGUGCAACCAUAAAAUGUGAAGAUCCUAAUCCUAGUCUUUACACUUUUGUGGGCAACCUCGAGUAUGAUCGUCAGGUUUAUCCUCUUGAUCCGAGUCAGAUUCUCCUCAGGGAUUCAAAGCUUAGGAAUACAGCUUAUGUUUAUGGAGUUGCUAUAUUUACUGGUCAUGAUAGCAAAGUUAUGCAGAAUUCUACAAAGUCUCCUUCUAAAAGGAGUAGGAUCGAACUACAGAUGGACAAGAUUAUUUACCUCCUUUUUACUGUCCUUCUCUCGAUCUCAUUUGUCAGUUCAAUCGGCUUUGCCAUAUAUGCAAAAUUUCAAUUGCCAAGCUGGUGGUAUAUGCAACCUAUGAACGAAGUAAAUAAUGUGGUCGAUCCAAGACGGCCUGAGUUAUCAGGCCUUUUGCAUCUAGUCACUGCACUUAUACUAUAUGGUUAUUUAAUUCCUAUAUCCCUCUAUGUUUCCAUUGAAGUUGUGAAGGUCCUACAGGCAUUGUUCAUAAACCAGGAUAUUAGUAUGUAUGAUGAUGAGUCUGGAACUCCUGCUCAAGCGCGAACAUCAAACUUAAAUGAGGAGUUGGGGCAGGUCGAUACUAUCCUCUCAGACAAAACCGGCACUUUGACGUGCAACCAAAUGGACUUCUUAAAAUGCUCCAUUGCUGGUACGUCAUAUGGAAUGCGUGCAAGUGAUGUAGAACUUGCAGCCGCAAAGCAGAUGGCCGAGGACCUUGGUGGCCAAGAUCCUGAUUCACCGAGACGUGAGUAUGAGAAUGGUUCAUCAGAAAUUGAACUAGAGAGUGUCAUCACUUCUAAAGACGAUUUUAAAGCUGCAAUAAAGGGGUUCAGCUUUGAGGAUAGCCGCCUUAUGAAAGGAAAUUGGAUGAAAGAGCCAAAUGCAGAUGUCAUCUUGUUAUUCUUUAGGAUACUUUCAGUUUGUCAUUCUGCUAUUCCCGAGCUAAAUGAGGAGACUGGCAGCUUUAACUAUGAAGCGGAGUCGCCAGAUGAAGGAGCAUUUCUUGUUGCAGCUAGGGAAUUUGGCUUUGAGUUUUGUAAAAGAACUCAAUCAAGCAUUUUUGUACGGGAGAGAUAUCCUUCUUUUCAAGAGCCAAUUGAAAGGGAAUUCAAAGUUCUCAAUCUAUUGGAGUUCACUAGCAAGCGGAAGAGAAUGUCUGUUAUAAUCCGCGAUGAGAGUGGCCAGAUUCUUCUCUUGUGUAAAGGAGCAGACAGCAUCAUCUACGAUAGAUUAUCAAAGAAUGGAGGAAGGUUUCAAGAAGCUAUGACAAAGCAUUUAAAUGAUUAUGGGGAAGCAGGGUUGCGUACACUUGUUCUUGCCUACAAAAAGCUCGAUGAGGCGGAGUACUUAGCCUGGAAUGAAGAGUUUGCUAAAGCAAAAUCUUACAUUGGCGGUGAUAGAGAUGCCAUGCUUGAAAGAGUAUCUGAUAUGAUGGAAAGGGACUUGAUCCUUGUUGGUGCAACUGCUGUGGAGGAUAAACUACAGAAGGGAGUUCCUCAGUGCAUAGAUAAACUAGCGCAAGCUGGUCUCAAAAUCUGGGUACUGACAGGUGAUAAGAUGGAAACAGCCAUCAACAUAGGCUAUGCGUGUAGUUUGCUUCGACAAGGAAUGAAACAGAUAAGCAUAACGACAAUGAAUGCAGACUCAGUGGCUCAAGAUUCUAAACAGGCUAUGAAGGAGGACAUUUUGAAGCAAAUCACAAAUGCUUCUCAAAUGAUCAAACUUGAAAAGGAUCCACAUGCUGCGUUUGCCUUGAUUAUUGAUGGGAAAACUCUAGCUUACGCUUUGGAGAAUGAUAUGAAGCAACACUUUUUGAACUUAGCAGUUAAUUGUGCAUCUGUCAUCUGCUGUCGUGUAUCUCCUAAACAGAAGGCCUUGGUUACAAGGUUAGUAAAAGAGGGAACUGGAAAAAUCACCUUAGCAAUUGGUGAUGGUGCAAAUGAUGUUGGGAUGAUUCAAGAAGCGGACAUCGGCGUUGGUAUCAGUGGCGCAGAAGGAAUGCAGGCUGUGAUGGCGAGUGACUUUGCUAUUGCGCAGUUCCGGUACCUGGAGAGACUUCUUGUUGUACAUGGGCAUUGGUGCUACAAGCGAAUUGCUCAGAUGAUAUGUUAUUUCUUCUACAAAAACAUCUGUUUUGGCCUCACACUCUUUUACUUCGAGGCUUUUGCUGGCUUUUCGGGACAGUCUGUCUAUGAUGAUUCAUAUAUGAUGCUAUUCAACGUCAUUCUUACUUCAUUGCCUGUAAUUGCACUUGGAGUAUUCGAGCAGGAUGUGCCUUCUGACGUUUGUUUAAAGUUUCCAGCACUGUACCAACAAGGGCCGAAAAAUUUGUUCUUUGACUGGUAUAGAAUACUCGGGUGGCUUGGCAAUGGUAUCUACACGUCCCUCAUUAUUUUCUUCCUCAACAUUAUCAUCUUUUACGAUCAAGCCUUCCGUUCUGGAGGCCAGACGGCUGACUUGACAGCUUUGGGUACUACGAUGUUUACCUGCGUCAUAUGGGCUGUCAACUGCCAAAUUGCACUUACUAUGAGUCAUUUCACAUGGAUACAACAUAUUCUUAUUUGGGGAAGCAUUGCUACUUGGUACAUAGUUCUCUUGAUAUAUGGUAGAUUAGCACCAGUUUAUUCUAAAUACGCGUUCAGAAUACUCGAGGAAGCUCUAGCUCCUGCUCCAAUCUACUGGUGUACCACUCUUUUAGUAACUAUGGUAUGUACUCUGCCUUACUUAGCUCACAUUGCUUUUCAACGAUCGUUUAGUCCGAUGGAUCAUCACAUUAUUCAAGAAAUCAAAUAUUAUAAGAAAGAUAUCGAAGAUCGUCAUAUGUGGAAGAGAGAAGGAUCUAAAGCAAGGCAGAAGACUAAGAUUGGAUUCACAGCAAGAGUAGAUGCGAAAAUUAGGCUGUUGAGAGGGAGACUGCAGAAAAAGAAAUUAUAACUAUGAAUGGUUGAUUUUCUUUUAAUUUCUUUUUGGGGGAGAUUGUUUUUCCCUUUCAAUUACUACACAGAACUUAGGGGGUUAGGCCAUUUACAAUUUUUCUUCUUUGGCCUAUUUGUAACUCAUUUGUAAAAUUCUUUUUGUCCAGUAUAGUGAGAAAUCAAAUGAGGUUAUUCAUUUGUUCCUAAGUACCGUGGCACUCUAUAUUGUACAUUAUUUAUUAUGUUUACUUA